ACCCGAGGUGAUCCGGCAUGUACAUAAUAGCAACUCCGGUAAUAUCAAUUUCACACACUUAACCCCACAAACCAUGGCUUCAAGAAGACAGAAAAUGAAGGGUGAAACAACUAGUCUUGUUCCACCAACAAGGAGAGUGAAGGUUACUGUAUGCAGUUCUAGUUUGAUGGAAGAUGUAUCGGGCCUUAUCCAGUACAUCCAACAAAAGUUACCCGAUGUUGUGGAAAAGGUGGAAUUUAGAUCCCUCCCGUACAACAUCAGCGACAUUGACAAGUUCGAUUUGAGAGGAAUCGAUGUCCUUCUACUCUGCCACUCCAUAGACAACAGACGAUUCUCAAUAACUGACGUCACAGAUGCGUUGUAUGAUAGAUUCCUGCCAAGGGCUAAGAAAUAUUUUGGAAAAGGUAAGGUAGGAGUCAUCGUCCAUGACUUUUCAGAAAAUCACCUUUCAGAGGACAAUAUUCCUUCUAAAAUGUCUACUUUUCGCCACACCCAGCCUACAACGUUCCAGUGUGCAUCGCUUGUUCUGAUUGGAGGUCAGCUGUCACAUGAUCUAGUCGAAUUGACCAAUGAACAGCGCUCUGAUCUGCGACAGUUCUGCUCGGCAACACCUCAGAUUUGGUCGGAAAGAAUUCAAGUGAUGCUUUACAGACUUGUGUGCUUUAUUACAUGUGGAUAUCUGAACUGAGAAUUAAAAAAAGAUAUAUAAUUUUUAUAGGGAGAGAUAGAAACCGAGAUAUCGCCGAAAAAACAUUCUUUUCAACUCAUUUCAUUUUAUUUAGUACUUUUUUUUUCGUCAGUUUAGACAAACUUUGCCUUUUUUUCGGCAAGCUCCUUCAUUUUACGUUUAUACUCAAAUCAAUUAGGCCAUUUUUAAUAUACAUGUAUUAAGUUUCCGAUAGUCAUGCUACUAUGCCCGUUUCUCAUGACAUAUUUGACUUCAUCGUGCUAUGUUAUAAUUUGGUAAAUCUGAAACGGGCAUUAAUUAGAUCAAAUCGAAGAAGGGUUCAUCCCGUUCAUCAACUUCAUGUUUGGCGAAAGACCCCCAAAGCUGAUCAUACUCCGUCUCAAUCGAAUGAAAUAUGACCUUAUAGAAAGCAAAAGUGGCUCUAUACGUGUACAUGUAGAUAGUUGUAGUAAUGUGUUCAUAUCUAAAGACGAUAAUGAUGAUGCUGAUGAUAAUAAUAGCACUAAUAAUAAUGAUAAUAAUAAUAACCAGCAUUUAGUACGCUUUCCAUAGUAAAACUAUGUCACAGUGUUUACAAACACAUCAGACUACAUAAUGACCAUUUAAAUGCAUGUACGAAGUAGAUAGAAAGAAAGAGGUAAGUUUUCAGAGAUUUCUUAGAUUGAUCUGUCAUGUCUGUAGUGUACUUUGAUGAAGGGAGGGGGAUGUUGUUCAAUUCUUUAGGAAUGCUAGACUAAAUAAAAUGAUGACAAUUAUAGGUCUUCUAGUAGGGGCUGCAAAAGAGGAGUGCUAGGACGAACUUUGAAAUUUCCCUUCCUACCAGUGGCGUACGAAUGGGGGGGGGGGGGGGGGGCUUGGAAGGGCGCUUGCCCCCCCCCAAAAAAAAAAAAAGAAAUCAGUAAACCAGAUAACAAAGGCUGCAAUAAAUGCAGGGAAUAUUCCAUUUAAUAAUAUUUAUAAUAUAAUAUAAUCAUGCAAUAGUUUUGGUAAAUCUAAAGAUGUUUGGUGCAAUUUUAUGCUGUUCUUUAAAAACUGUACUUUAUGUUUGCACUUUUCUUUUCAUCUCUUCUAUUUAUUUCCCUUCUCGUAGCCCUUUCUUUUGGUAUUUGUUGUUUAGUUGUACUCUUACAGGCGUAUCCCGACACAAGCACAUGGUGCUAUUUUUACGCCUCCUUCCAUGUAAAUAAAUUACAUACAUUGUU